AUGGACAUUGAUCCUGACAAUGGUGAUUCUAGUCAUGGGGGUGAUUAUGGUCAUGGUGCUUUUCGUGCAGGUGCUGGUCGUAAGAGGAAAAUACGAUCAUCAUCAAUUGAUAUAAUGGCAAAUGCAAGAAGACAACGUGCUGCACGUCGAGAAGAAACAGAUAAAUUGAUAAAAUGGAUAAAUGAUAUAAAAUGGUCGCAUCAAGGUGUUCCAUCAACUCGUCGUGAUGAUGCUACUGCAUUGUUAGUCAUAUUUAAUCUAUUGUUAGAGGAUGUCAAUUUAACACAAACAGAAGCAAUUACUAUAGCUAGCCGAUAUUUAGGUCGUAGUGCUUCUGUAUUAGGUGCAUUGGUAGCACAUUGGCAUAAAUAUCGAGAAAUAUAUGUUGACUCAGGUACAAGAGGUGGAUCACAAGGUCAACAAUCAUUGGAAUUAUUUGUAUCUUUACCUCACUUCAUUAUUAGUACUAUUAUGGAUCGUCAUGCGGAAGGUAAAACUACUACAGUUAAAGAUAUACAACAAGCGAUCGUUAAUACACAUCAGCAAUACAUAGGCUAUUGGCCGAUAUAUUAUCUUAUGCACGACAAAAUGAAGUUAUCAUAUGGCUUGUUAAAAGAUUCGGUGAAGUUAACAGAAGAUGCUAAUCGUAUCAAACGUAUUGGACAAUUUCUGGUUAAAUAUGCCGCUGCUCUGAAUUUGGAAAAGAAUAAAGAAGCCAUAGUUUGUUACAUGGAUGAAUCGUAUGUUAACACUGGUCAUCAUAUUCAUUAUGGAUGGUAUGUAGACAGUACAAACAAAAAUAUUCUUACUGGUACUGGAGUUGGUAAAAGACUUAUAAUAGUACAUGCUAUUACUAGUGAUGGUCUUCUUCGACAUUUCGAUGUUUUAACAAAUAAAACGAUUUCUGCCGAAUUAAUAUAUGAAGCAAAAAAUCCCUCAGGCGAUUUUCAUUCUAAUAUGGAUGGUUAUAAUUUUCGUUUGUGGGUGAAACAAUAUUUGUUUCCUGCAUUUGAAGCUAAAUAUGGUCAUCAGAAGAGAAUGAUUCUGAUAUUGAAUAAUACUCCAUAUCAUAAAGAACAAGGUGAACAUUAUAUUAACGUCAAAUCAAUGUCAAAGAUCGAUAUGAUUAAUCUUCUCCUUUCAAAAAAAGUACACAAUAUUGUAAUCAUUCGAGAUGGACAAGCGAAAAAGUUCAAAGCUAAUGAAUGGCACCUGAAUGGUCCAGCAGGUCCUUAUAAAGAAGAAUUACAAGCAUUUAUAGACAGUUGGAUCAAACACUAUCCUGAUCUUCAAAAAACAUUAUUGGAGAAAUUAUUCGAACAAAAAUCAUUAGCUGCAAAAGUCGAUGUACCUGACUUUCAUUAUGUCAUAUUAACUCCACCAUAUAGUCCUCAACUUCAGCCUAUAGAAUUAGUGUGGUCUUAUGUAAAACGUUAUGUUGCUAAACAAUUCACGUCUUCUAGAACUGUUCAACAAUUAAUUGAACAAACAAAGAAAGGCUUCUACGGUGAUGGAGGUGAUCAUGAAGGUAUAUCGACCGAAAUGGUCAGAAAUAUGAUUGAACAUGCUCAUAAAUAUUGUAAUAUGCUUAUUAACGAUGAUCCUUAA